AUGUGUCCGACUCUGGUACCAGUUUCCGUGAAAGAUGAGCUCAUCGGCCAGAACUGGUGGCUGUCUCACAGAUAUCAGAUUUGUGGGAUUGUAGCCCUUUUGGGCAUCAGUGGUGCUGCGACAUAUUGCGCUGUUCGCUAUUUCAAGAAGGAUAGAAAGCCAGGUGAGGCGUCGAUAGAUUUGGACCGCUUAAACUCAACAUCCUUGAAAGAAAGGGGUAACAAGUCCUUUAAGAAAGGUGACUAUGCAGAAGCCCUGGACUACUUUACGGCAGCGAUUCAGAAAUGUCCCUCAGAUCGUCCCAUGGAGCUUGCGACCUUCUACCAAAACCGAGCAGCCACUUAUGAAAAACUGGAUGAACUAGAGAAAGUACUUGAUGAUUGCAAUUCGGCGAUUUCCUUGAACAAACGAUAUGUAAAAGCUUUACUACGUCGUGGCAAAGCAAAUAAGGCACUUGGUCGACUAGAAGACGCCUUGUAUGGUAAGUUGCUAGGCCUGGGCUUAAAGACAGAUAUGCGAGAAAGUUUUGUCUGUAUAAAAUUGCCGAAGUUUGCUAUCCAAUGUAGGGUAAGAAUUUCGCGCAAUCUUCUUCAGAAUGUUCACUCGGUUCCCAUCGUUAUAAAUUAUCCCGUCGAGGCUCCUAAGGACAUGAAUGCUUUCCGAAUGACCGAUCAGUUGAUGAACGAAUGUGCAGCAGUAAAGGCCAAAGAGCUUAUGUCGACGCGCAAUCCGGAAGAACUUCCUCUGUCUGAUUCGUUUGUUGAGUCUUACUUGAGCGCUUACGUUUCUGAUCCAGUCACAACUAGUAUCGACGAGGUGAAGCAACGUCUACAGCAUGAAUCUGAUCUAGCGGCGUGUGGUUACUUCAAAGCGUUGAAGUGCCUAGAAGAUAAGAAGUACAGUGAGGUGAUAUCGGCGUGCACCUGUGAAAUAACUGCCGAGGGGGAAUUUCUUCACCUGGCGUUGUUGCUUCGUGCCACUUUUUACAUACUAUACAGUUGCGUAGCAAAGGCAACUGCUGACAUCGAUUCGUUGUUGAAGCUCUUAGAAAAUGAGCCACCGGAUGCUCUCCAAACGAAAAAGAUGAAAAGCAAUGCGUAUGUCAAGCGAGCAUCAUUGUACAUGCAACAGGUGGAAAAGGAUUUGGCUAUGACAGAUUUCUCAAGAGCUGAAGAAGCAGAUCCAGAUAAUUCAGACGUGUAUCUUCAUCGGGGACAGUUUUGUAUACUGAUUGGAGAUUUUGACGGCGCUGUGAGAGAUUUUGCCCACUCAGUAAAGCUGUGCCCUGAUUUUCCUCUGGCCAGCAUUCAGGAGAAUUACGCCAGGUAUCGAAUUGCCGUACAAAAGAACGAUGACGAAGGUGCAAAAGAAGCACUCAAGGACUUUCGCCAGACUGUCGAACGAUUCCCAAAUUGCUCAGAAGGAUGCAUGCUAUUCGGUCAGGUAUAA